UUUCGGCAGAUAUUACUAUUAAAAGUGGCAACAUUCCAGCGGGCGCACGAUCUUUGCCGAACGUUUUUCUAUUGGAGGCCGAGAAUAACCGAACGUAUGAUUAGGUCACGUGGUACUUUUGGAGUCUUCGUGGCGUAGCUUGUUCAGCUGCUCGUCGAAGCGGCUGUCGGACGGUCGCCUCUCAGCGAGUCUGCGUACAAUGUAGCGGCCAUUUUUGUUCUUAGUUCAUAAUAGCGUGCGCAUAUUUUAAUGUAUUUAGAUAUUUAGGAAAAUUUUCACGAUGACUAUAAUAGUCUUUUUAAUAGAUACAUCAGCUUCUAUGAACCAAAGAGCUUAUUUGGGCGGACGCCCAACGUUGCUCGAUGUAGCCAAGGGCGCUGUGGAAACGUUCGUAAAGGUUCGUCAACGAUCUCCUGAAAGCAGAGGCGAUAGGUAUAUGCUUCUAACUUUCGAAGAGCCACCCGCGAACAUCAAGGCAGGUUGGAAGGAGAAUUUAGCAACCUUUAUUAAUGAAUUAAAGAAUUUACAAUGUCUUGGUUUGACCACAAUGGGUGCUGCAUUAAAACAUGCAUUUGAUGUCCUAAACAUAAACCGCAUGCAAACUGGUAUUGACACAUAUGGUCAAGGUAGAUGUCCAUUUUACCUUGAGCCUUCUGUAAUAGUUGUUAUUACUGAUGGAGGAAAACUUUCUAGUAAUGCUGGUAUUCAUGAGGAAUUUAAUUUGCCGAUGAACUGUCCAAUUCCUGGAUCUGAACUGACUCGAGAACCAUUCCGAUGGGAUCAACGACUGUUCUCUUUGGUGCUAAGGUUGUCUGGAACACCGGCGGUUGAGAGAGACACUGGCUUGGUGCCCUCCGACUCAUCACCUAUUGAUGCUAUGUGUGAAGUUACUGGAGGACGUUCAUACUGCAUCACCUCGCACCGUAUGCUUAUGCAGUGCAUCGACAGUUUAGUACAGAAGGUACAAAGUGGAGUUGUCAUUAAUUUUGAGAAGAUUGGUCCGGACCCACCGCCCAUUGACGGCGCCAACAAUAGAGAUGGCACAGAACAAACUGACGAUCUCGCUCAUGAAACAGAUAAAGAUAUAGAUGGUGAAGCUGAAAGAAAUGGGCGUUGGAACGGAGGUCCGUAUCAGUCUACGAUCACAAGCCAGAGUUCAGGCGCGCCGCAAGCGUGGCACUCGUGCCGGCGGCUCAUCUACGUGCCGCGGACUGUCUCACAGAAGGGCUUCGCUGUCGGCUUCUGGCCCAUACCGGAGUCCUUCAGACCUGAUCCCAACGCUCCAUCAUUGCCGCCGCGGUCCGCGCACCCCGUGGUGAAGUUCACGUGCUCCAGCCAGGAGCCCAUGGUGAUAGACAACCUGCCCUUCGACAAGUACGAGCUGGAGCCCAGCCCGCUCACGCAGUUCAUACUGGCCAGGAAACAGCCCACUAUUUGCUGGCAGGUUUUCGUAGCAAAUAGCGGCUGUAAAAACUCUGAAGUCAAUCACCCUUUUGGUUAUUUGAAGGCGUCAACAAAUCUGACGUGUGUGAAUUUGUUUGUGUUACCAUACAACUACCCGGUGCUGCUGCCGUUACUUGACGACCUGUUCAAGGUGCACAGAUGUAAACCAACUGCUGAAUGGAAGAUGGCCUUCCAACAGUAUUUGGAUAGAAUGCCAUCGUACUAUGUUGUGCCACUUCGAAGGGCGUUAACGAAAAUGGGCGCAUCUGCGCCGUUGGUACAGAGUCUCAUACCGGACACUCAAGACAAUUCACUAAGUUUUUCCGUCUUAAAUUAUUUGAAGAGAAUGAAAAAUCAAGCUAAAAUGGAGUUUGAGAAACUUUGUGCUGAUGUUAUCAACAAAGCUUCUAAUGGGAAUAAUCAAAAGGUAUCGGAGAGCGUUCGCGUAAUGUCGCGGUCUCCGCUGAAGAAGGAGCUGACGUCGCACCCCAGCCUGCAGGACAAGUUCAGCGCGCUGCGAGACCAGCUCAACGAGUUCGGCGGCUUCGUGGUGGGGCUGUCGCGCGGUCGCCACAAGCCGCACGCGCACACAUACAGGAACCCCUUCGACAUACAGCGCAGAGAUCUGCUCGACCAGGUGGUGCGCAUGCGCGCCAACUUCCUGCAGCCGUCGCUGGCGCACACGCGGCUGGUGGACGAGGACAGCGCGCACUCGAUGCCGGUGGCGCAGAUGGGCAACUACCAGGAGUACCUGAAGCGCAUGACGCCGCAGCUGCGCGAGAUUGAGUCGCAGCCCGUGCGCCAGCACAUGUUCGGCAACCCCUUCAAGAUCGACAAGCGCAUGAUGGUCGACGAAGCGGACAUAGACCCUAUGGGCGCGGUGCGUGGCGCCGGCGGCGGCGGGGCGGGCGGCAAGCGCGGCGCGGAGUCACCCCGCGCGGCGCCGCCCAAGCGCAAGGCGGGCCCGCUGCCGCAGCACGUGGUGGCGCGCCGCCCCUCCUCGCCCGCGCCGCCCGCCUCCCCCGCCUCGCCCGCACCCCCGCCGCCCGCCGCGCCGCACCCCGCGCCUGUCACCGCGCGCCGCCCCGCCUCCCCGCUCGCGCCCGUGCCCUCGGACCUGCCAUCGGGACGCCCGCCAGAAGAGCCGCCCAACAUGGACACGGGAGGACCGACCAUCACAUUACCAGUUCCGCCUUCACCGCCUGUUACGCCUAUUUUACCGCCUGUUAUCAAACCAUUCCUUAACGGAGAUGCUUAUACAACAUUGGGCAGCAAGAUGCCGCGGUCGCCGUCGCCGCCGCCGGAGCCCCCGGGCGCAGCUGCCGGCGGCGCAGGCGCUGCGGCAGCUGCGGGGAGCGCGGCAGCUGCGGGCGGCGCGGCAGCUGCGGGCGCGCCGAGCCCCGCCUUCAGCUCCCUGCUGCCCGUGGUCACGCACGACUCUCAGGAGCUGCAGAUAAACGCGAUACUGCAGGGCAUCGCCGCAGAGAACGAAUCUAACUCGCGAGGAAAGAAACGAAAACGAAAGACGGAAAAGGCCGCGCCCGUGCAGUUCCUGCUGCCGCCGCAGCCGUCGCGAAAGGAGCUGGCAGAUAUAAAGAAACACAAUCUCAACGUACGCUCGGAAGUGUACCGCGCAGUGAGAAGACCCGGCAGAGAUUUUACGAAGUUAUUCGAAUAUUUGAAGGACUUGAAGGGUAGCGUGGAUGUAAAGAAGGAAGUGAUACGUGAUGUCAUCAGUGAGUCGCUGCGGUUCAAGAGGAAGGGGCUUGCGAAGCUUCUAGAAGACUUCCUAGUGAGCCUCGAGAGGAACGGAAACAGCGGCUCGGUCGGCGUAAAAAGAUUGAACUCUGUAUACAGCGCCGGACAUAGCUAGUGAGUGGACUCUAGUGUGUACAGCGCCGCACAUAAUGCACUAAAGUGUGUACAGCGCCGCACACAGUGUACUGGUGUGUACAACGCCGGACAUAGUGCACUGAAUUGUGAACAGCGCCGCACAUAGUGUACAGGUGUGUACAAUGCCGGACAUAGUGCACUGAAGUGUGUACAGCAACACAAAUAGUGCUCUCGAGUGUGUACAACGUCGGACACAGUGAAUGCUAGUGUGUACAGCGGACGGACACAGCUAGUGAAUGUGCUUGAGUGUAUACAAUGCUGGAUACAACUAGUGCACACAUGUGUACAGCGCUGAACAUAACUAGUGUACACGUGUGUAUAGCGCUGGACAUAGUGUACACAAGUGUGUACAGCGCUGGACAUAGUGUACACAAGUGUGUACAGCCCUGGACACAACUAGCGUGCACUUGUGUACAGCGUUGGACACAGUUCAAGCACUAAAGUGAAUAUUUCAUAGACUAAUCAUAGAGUUAUAUUUGCAAGACUAUUUUUUUUAAAUAACUGAAACGUCUGCCUUACUCAAUGUGACUAUGAUUUUAUGUUAACGUCUUUUGGUAUGAAAAUUAAAAUUUAAAUUACGUUGUUGUCAAAAGUUUUUUAGCCUUUGUUAGUGCGUUGGAAUGAUCUCAUUUUAAUCAAAUAUUACAUAAAUUCGUGAAUUAAAAACAGUAAAGUUAACAUUUUUAUACAUUUCAAAGUAUUUCAAGGACUUGGACAUCAAUUUUAUUGGUGAUAAUUUAAACUUCUUUAGACUUUAUGUGUUUUAUUUCGAAAUCGUCAAGCCAAUUAAUCGUUUACAUAAAAUCUUUCGUUAUAUUGAGAAGUGUGAAAGUCUACUAGUGAAUUUUAUUAGUGGAUAAAUAUUGUUACCUAUGCAAUAUGUUGAUAGGAUAAUUUGUUUUCAUAUUGAAGCAUAAUUCGAAUAAAGGUAAAUUUAUGACGGCCGUGGCACGAUUUCAUAAAAGAAAUGCGAUAUUUAAGUAUUUUCUAAUAUCAUUGGACUUGAACAGUAUUAAUUUUAUUAAAAAACAUUACAAUUUUGUCACGGUUGUUGUGUAUAGUCUGACCAGAAAUAUGAAAAUUCCCGCCGUUUUGCGGGUAAAUGGAACUAUACUCUUUGCGUACAUUAGAAAUCUAAUGAAAUGCCUCUGGGUCCGGAUUUUUAUAUACUUGGCUAGGCUAUAUACAUUCUCAGGACUCAUACUAAUAUCGAAACACGUGAAAAAUAUGCUUUCUUUUUCUUUCUCUGUGUAAAAGAGAGAGAGAGCAAUAUUUUUGUACAUGUUUUUUAAAGACAUGAUACAUGAUAAGCUCUGACAGUUCUAGAACAUUCUAUAUUAAAAGUUGUAUUCCGUUUGUAAUGGAAUAAUAUUUUUUAUGUUAAAUUUAUUGUAUUAGAUACAAGUUUGGAACAUUUUAUUUGUUAAAUUAAAAAUUAAGGCCGUCAGAGCUUGAGAAAAACGAAAUUUUUAAAGGAUUUACUUCUACAUUUUUUUAUCAAUGUCAAUAUAACUGAAAAACGAGUGCAGAAACAUAUUGCUAUCUCUUACCUGACUGACAGAGGUAAUGUUAUUCUCGUGUAACUUUGUUUUCAUGUAUCCCAUUGUGACGGCUUAGAGCCUAAACUAUUGAACCAAUUUGUACCAAUAAUGUGGCAUUUGACUCAUCUUCCACAGAGUGUUAGAAGGUAUAUUACAUCUGAACAAAAAAUGAGAAAAUUGAAAUUCUAAGACAAAUAAUUGUAAACUGGAUUCAAAUCUCAUUAUUUUAUUUAGUUUAUUUUAGUUUCUAAAUCAAAUUUUUGGUGUUUUUUAAUAUAUUGGUCUUAGUCAGUCGAGUUAAGUUAUGGUUAAUAUUUAAUUAGAAUGAGAGAGAUAGCAAUAUGUUUGUGCAGUAAACUAAAGGCAAGAAAACUAGUGUGUCUACGCCGAGUCCUGAGUUUACCAUACAGGGCACAAAUAUUAGCUUUUAAUUAAUUGAAGAAUCUGUAAUAAAUUGAAACUCAUCUGAUGCAAGUCAGAAUGACUCGAUAACGUUUAGAUCUCUAUUGCAAGUUGUAGUGUAAGAUAUUACAAGUUUUGUUUGAUCCAUACAAUUAAUGCUCAAGUAGAAUUCAUUGAGUCUUGUUACAAAAAUUGUGGUAAAUGAAAACAAAGCAAUACAAGAGUUGUUUGAGUGUUUUGUGAGGGAAUGUUGGUGAAUGUUCUGGUUAUGUAAAUAGCGUUGUACAUAAUAAUUUUAUUACAAUUACCAAUGAGAAUAAAUAUAUAUUGUUUGUAAGUGCGCGUGACGGAGUGAAGCCCGAGAGCCAUCGGUCCUUUUGGAAUUUCUCUUUGUGUUCGUGUAAAUUUGUAAAUGAAGUUUGUGAUACUAGAUAAAGUUUUCACAUUUUUUUAAGGUCUUAAAUGCAUUUAAAUAUUUGACAAGAUGGAUUCUGUAAGGGGCCUUUUGCUCUCAGCGUUGUAUGGUCAAUUGUAAAGUGUAUAUAUCAUUUUAUAAAUAAAUUAUAAUCCUUAUUGGAUUUUUA